CCGAACGUCUGAACAAUUCAAGAAGGUGUGUCCACUGAACGUGGCCGCAGCAUCGCCUUAUCCUGUCAAGGUACACGGAUGCAUCACCAGAGAUGGAAUCUAUGCACACAAGCUCAUGUUUCCUGUGCAGGUGGUGCCGCACGACGAGCUCUCUGCAGAUGGACUCUUCAUCUGGUAGAACGUAACCAGCAUGGUGAGCAAAAUACCUUACCACUUCCUCAUCGCAUCUGGUCAUGAUGCUGCCUUUAUGCUGCCCCGUGUUGUGUGCCACCCUUGGUCUGUGUGCAGGAGCCACCUAUCAACGGCAAUCACUAUCGCCUCGUUAGCAGGAGCGGCCGACAGCCAAACAACGACGGACCGGUGAGUCUGGAGAUGGCCAUCCAUUCGUCCAAUGGCAUGUGUUGUGUGGGUCAGGCUCAGGAUCGCAUCGCGCGUGAGACCCUGCUGUCCAUCUACCGCUGCAUACCCCCCUGGACCAUCACCCGCAUCGCACCCGACAAGCGCAUCCUCUCCGCCGCGCCGCCCCUCUACAGCCACUUUGACAUCGACUGCUCCGACCUAGCGACGCGUCGUGUGUGGGAGAGGGUGCCCAGCAGACGGGCGCGGAAGUGGGGCGCCAUGGCGAGAAACCUGAAGCAGGUGACGGUGCGGUACCCACGUGGAUACCAUUUUGGCGCCGGUGACGAGUGGUGCGAGUGUGCCUGGGCGUCGCUGAUCGAGGCGCAUGCGACUGCGCGCGAGGCCAACAACGAGAAGCCCGACAAGGCCAAGGGGGGCGGCGCGCAGCCACCGGCCGGGGACCAGCAGGGAGGGUCCCUCCACACCAUCACAUUCGAGCCUGUCGAUCUGUCAGACGAGGAGUUCCGUGCCCUCAACUGGCAGCAGCGCCGAUCCCUGAUGUCCCGCCUCCCGAAGACCGUCAUCCUCUCCGGCCUCAAGACCAUCAGAGGCCUCGGGCGUCCGCAGUGCACGCUGAUAGACGAGCGGCAGUGGUCCAUGCCGUCGCUGGAGCAUGUGGAGGGCUACGCGUGUGGGGACUUCAUCGGCACAUCCAGCAGCCUGACGCAUCUUGAGGUGCGGCCUAUCAGGGGGCUCCUUGACGUGCCGGGGCGUAUGUCGCCGCCGGUAGUGGGGCAGCGAGGGAACCUGGAGGGGCUGCAGAAGAUCGGAGUGAUUCAGCCGUUUAGAGAGCUGGAAAUGGAUCUGGACAGAUUGAAGGUAGGAUAUGAGGGAGGGACUGUCUGCUUCCCCACUGGAUUUGUCUUGUCCUUGUCUUGUCGCCCCUCAGGAGGCGUUGGCUCGUCACAAGAUUCGCCGCAUCAGGGACAUCAAGGCUGAUGCGCCUGAUGUGUUUGGCACCGGCAUUCUCGUGACCUCCGAGCUGCUGCGCCUCGCGCGGACCCUCGCCGACUUCAAGCAGUCCCUCGCACCAGCCACCCUCACCCGUACGGCCUUCACCAGCGUACCCGAGAUAGUGCUGGUCUCCCGCAACUGGAACAAGACAUUGAAGCUCGACUUCCCCCUCCCCCCGCCCUCCGCCCCCCUUCCAUCUCUGUUUUCCAACGCGAUGAAGUACUUCGCCAGCAGGGCUAAGACUGUCAUCUGGGACACCGACCCCGCCCCCAUCGAGCCCAGCGAACCCGACAACCGCAUUGAGCUCGAGAAGGAGCUCAUGGCCGACCUGAUGUUCAACAAGGCCACCACAGUGGACGUCCGGGGCGGCGGGUUUGCCGCCGCCCUGGGUGCCGUCUCGCCCGAUACGUUCCCCGCCGUCACGCAUCUGGACAUUCGUGGGGGCUGGGACACUGCUGCGAGCACCCUGGCAGCCAAGAUGCCGCGUUUGCGUUUAGUGGAAAUGACGGGCAGUGGCGCGGGGGGAGCGAUGGCGUUCUUGCGGUCGAUGGGCCGCGAGAGGAGGCUGCCCAGGGUGGUCAUCAUGGGGGUACCGCCUGUGACCUGGCUGGGGUGGGGGGACCAGAGGGAUGACCUACCAGAGAUAGAGGAGCUGAAAGUGACCACAGGCGGUGAGUGAAUAUGGCGAAAACACUCACCCAUCUCCACACAGCACAGAACAAAGAUGCCGAUUGAUCUGUCCUGCUCUGCAGGUUUCGGUCCUCCUUCCGAAGAUUCUGCCAUCCGCGCCGUGGAGUCGCUGCUGCAGCUGCGGGUUUCGCGAGAGGUGCGCAUCGUUGUCCAGUGCACCACUUCUCAGGAGGUCACCCUGCAGGCGCUUAAUGGCCGCUUCCCCGGUGGCAGCGGUGAGGCCAACGGGUUCAGCGUCACAUGGGAAGCCACCCGCUACGAUAUCAUGGUCGUCGCCCGACGCAUCGACACGUAGAACACACACAAGGUCAGACUGUUGAUGCCACAGCAGGCAGGACGGUGGCAGCAUUGCGUCGUGUGUGUGUGUGUGGACCAGGUGUCAUUUGGACAACUUGUUGGUUUGAGAACAGGAAUAGAG